AUGCAAGAAAAGGGUGUCAAAGCUCAUAAGGGUGGUGCAGCCUUUUUCAAAGGUGUGAAGCUCUUAUUCCAGGCCUGGGACUUGAUUAACCAAACCAAAGGUAUAUGGGAUAAGGAUAUUCUAUUUGCUACUUUUAAUCCGGAGGAUUGUAUUGAAAUUCUUAAGAUCCCUCUAACUUCUCAUGUGAAGGAACCUGAACUAAUAUGGAAUUUCUCAAAGAAUGGAGCCCCUUCAGUCAAAGUAGUGUAUCAUAUGCUCAAAAGGGUCCAAGCUCAGACUUCUCAUCAAUCUUCGGAUUGUUCCUUGGAAGUGGUUUCUCCUGAUGUUUGGAGUCAGACUUGGUCUGUAAAAUUGCCUCCGAAAAUUAAGAAUUUCAUAUGGAGAUGUUGUCUAAAUGUUUUAGCCACUAAAGAAAAUUUGUAUAAGCGCCACUGCUCUCCUGCUCCUGCAUGUCCCCUAUGUGACCGCGCUGUUGAAAUGCUGGAACAUUGGAAGUUUAUGAUUAUGAAUUGCAUCUCUCCAGACCAGUAUGAAGUUAAGUUUACAGCAUUCCUUUGUUGGCAUAUACGGAAAGGGAGGAAUGCGACUAUUUUUCAAGCCAUAGACUUGAAUCCUAAUCUUACUAUUCGAAGAGCUAAGAAUGAUAUUGAUGAGGUAUUAAAUCUGAUCCCUCCACAACAGCAUUCUUUGAUCUCUAUUUUAAAUUCAUUGAAUUUGUCUCAAAAGGAGUGGAAUCCUCCUUGUAUUGGCGAUUUGUCUCAAAAGGAGUGGAAUCCUCCUGGCAUUGGCGAUUGA